GUAUGUGCCGCCAACAAAGAGCUGUUCGACGGGGGUGUGGAUGCGCUCAUAGUCUCCAACAACUACUGGUUAGACGACGAGCGCCCGUGUCUUACCUACGGCAUGCGAGGCAACAUUAACAUAGAGGUGACUGUGGACGGCCCAGGACACGACCUGCACUCGGGCAUGGACGGUGGGGUUGUUGCUGAGCCUAUGGUGGACCUGAUGGCAGUUCUCAGUAGCUUG